GGAGAGGCGGGAUCGGCUCCCCCUGUAGCGGACCUCCGCUAUGGCUCUUCUGUAGCCUCCUUCCGGUAGCUCGUCAGUAACCUCAUGAACAGGAGAUUGAGCUUCUGAUGAUUGUGAUGGAGCUGCAAAAAGCAACUACAGCUGGUAUUCCUUUGACAUCCCACCCACAGCUGACCAAAAGUGACCCAAAGGCCCCACAGAUACAGCUCCAGUUCAGUCAGAACACUCCUGCAUUGCCUGAAAACCUGUCUGUCCGCUACACCAGUCCCUCUCCAAUUAUCAUAGAAAAGCUGAAGCAGCCAGUGAUUCAACAGAAUCAAGAUGCUGGUGAUAGAGUUGAUCCAAGGGGCUCUGUUGAAUUCUCAGUUGUAUCUGAAGAGAAGCUCAACCUGGCUGUUCAGUUGGCCAAAAGAGAUGUGAAAAGAAAGCACCUGCAAGAGCAAGUGAAGCAGCAUCUCACCAAGAUGGAUAAGCGUCCUGUGGGGUGUCGUUGGGGAAAGGAAUCAGGGAAUGUUGCAGGGUUGAGAGCAACUAAGUCCCACCUGAAGUAUGAACACCAGCUUAAUAAUCGUUCCAAGAUGGAGACAGCUGGCUCUGGAGCAAAAGUCCUCCUUUGUGCUCCAAGUCGUGUCACGUCAGAACCCGCUUUGUCUGAUUCUCCACCAACCCACGAUCCAGGACCUGGGCCCAAAAAAGAGGAAGACAAAAGUGCCAUAGAAAUCAGAAGGCUACAAAAAGAGCUUCAGAAUUACAUUCAGAAAAUUGAACUGCUAGCAACAAAAGAGAGAAGUGAAGAAUAUUUGGAUCCUGAGGAAGAACGCCGUGUCCAUAUUCGGAGGCAGGAGCAAACUGUGCGCUCUGCCCGAAUGCUCUAUGUGCUCCAGCAACAGGUAAAACAAAUCCAAGAAGAACUGGAGAAGCUGAGUCCCCUUAAAAUUAAACACACAAAGAAGUCACGGGCUAUGGCCAGGCUGGCAGCAGCUCACCGAGGUGCCAUCCGAGCUCUGCAGAUGUUUGUCGCUCGUUUUGCUGACCAGUCAGAGCAGCAGUCUGCCUCUGCUCACUGCAAGGAGCUGGGCAAUCUCAUCCGGCAGCUCUCUCUCUGUUCUGCCUGCCUCGAGAUGGACUCGUCCAUUCCUGAUACCAUCGUAGAUCUGCUGCUGCAAAUUGAGGACUUAGACUCUGUGUUGUCCAAAAAGGAGCCUCCCAAGAAAGGGCAGGAAUGGCUCUCCAACUCUCAAGCUGAGGCACCAAAAGGCACCAACAGAUUGCCAAAAAAAGAAAAAUCUCGUGUGCUGGACCAAAAAAAGCCUUCAGUGGCCUGGAAACUUCUUCCUGAUGAACAUCCAGAAUCUGUAAUCCUGUUACCACACAAGACAAUCAGUCACUGCAACCCAAGAGCCCAGGAAGAUGUACUCCCUCCUGAGCGAGAGGCAGUUGUACAGUACAUGAGGGAGGCCGUGGGGAGACCAGGACCUUUGAAAGCAGGCUCUGGUUCUGACAGUGGAACCCUGAAGAAGAGGGGAGUCCUGUUUUCCAUCAGACCUCAGGGUAGCCGUCAACCUCCCGGAACAAAAGCAGCGCGGCCUGUAACCAAACAGGCCCGGUUUCUAGAGCCCACCGUUGCAUUCCGACUCAAGGAGACCAAACCACCCAUCCGAGAUAGCAGGGUCCCAUGGAUGCCUCCCAGUCUCAAGUCCCCUCUCUCCCGCUCUUUGCGGCACCUGGAGAAAAGUCCUGAAAAUACCGAGCCAUCCCUGGAGAUGGAGACAAAGGGAGAAGGAAUCCCUGAGAAAGAAGUGCCCAGGGAGAAUGGCGCUUCUCCGACUCUGAUUGUAGAGGACGUAGAGCAAGCUGUUCAUGAGUGUCUGGAGCCCCUUUUGGCAAAAGCACAGGCUGCAACAAGUGUGCCAGGUAACUGCUUGGAGGAUUGCCAUCUGGAAGAGUGCAAGAAGAUGGAGCGUGAGACUGUUUCUGCGCUCAGCAUGUCUGAUCUGGAGACAAUGAUGAAGAGGAUGGAGGAAAUAGAGCACUACCAAGAAGCUGUGCGCAGACGGUACAACCAGAUUGCUUAUUCUGAUGCUGAUUUCUGGAUUCAGGAGAGCAAAGAGGAAGAGUCUGCAGUGAGAGACCAACAACCUGGGGUUGUUCACCCCAUCCAGAUAACAAAACUAGACAAUCGCAAAGAGCCACAAGUAGCCAUUGUAUUAGAAAAACCCUUGGAUGCCAGUGCUGUUGAUGAAGAGCUGUCGGAGCCCAGGAGUGAGACUCUGCAGUCUUUUAUGCGUCACGUUCCCCCACAGAAAGAGUCUGGCACUUUCCUCUCAGUUCCUAAAAAUGUUCUCCAAAGCCUCUGUGAUUAUGAUGCCCGAUACAAGCAGCACCUGAAGUGCAUUUUCCUUGAGGAGGUGGGGCAGUUUAAACCUUGGAAUAUUGCAGAGAGCCUGGCAGAGGAGCUGACAGAGGAAGCACUGACAGACGUAGCAGCUGAGCUCCAGGGCUUAUGUGAGGACUAUGCAGAAGCUGUCUUCACUUCAGAGUUUUUACAGGUGGCUGAGUAAGUGGCUUUUUGAAGAACCUUGGUGAACCUGGCCCUGCAAUGAAAACUCUGUUUGGCCAAAAGAUUGAACCUGACAGAGAUCACUUCUCAGGGAUGGAAUUUGACAAUGCAUGUAUUACUUUCUGUGUGCCUUCUUGGGAAGGCUGGGUCUGGUGGGGUGUGUGCAAUCCAGAAUAAGUGAAUAAUGUUGGGAGAAUUCUGAUUCUUGGGAGCCUGAAAAAAGACACUGUUCCUUUAAAGAGAUGUUAUGUAUUCCAAAGCACCUUUUCCCAAUCAUUUUCAAAGCAUGCACAGCCUUAUUAUCCAUUUUGCAAUUCAUUAGGGCUGAGUAUUUGACAAAUUAUUCCCCUCCAAAGUUUUAUGUCUUGUAAAAGGGGUCACUAAUUUCUUGGCUGAGCUCUUGCACUGGCAGCCAUCUUACAAAAGGAUAACUCAUUGCUCAAGGGCUGAAUCCAGUUAGUUGAGGGGACUGACAGAAAAUGCAGGCUCUGAAUUGUGGAAAGCCCAGUCUUGAAGAUACUACAAAAUUAGCUUCUGGACUCUCUACUGCUGAUCUUGAUAAUGUGGUACCACAUUACACAGUAUUUCAGGUAAUGAAAAAAAAGUAGGUGCCUGCCACUUCAAAAUGUUGCUGACCCUGAGAUUCUAUUCCAGUCUCUGUGAAAAUGAAUAGGGUACUUCUUAGAAGUCCAAGAAGCUGUGAAGAUUCUGCUUUUACCAUGUCAGUGGAUUAUGGCAAUGCUGGCGUUUGGUGGCAUCCAUAUUACCAGGUUCAACCUUGUUCAUCAUUUCUGUUUCCCUUCUGUUCUGCUUAAUUUCAGUGAGUCUUGUUUACAUUUUCUUGGUGUUCUGGGUCAAAAAAAAAAACGUUUGGGGUUCCAUUUGACCCUGAUGUCCCUUCCCAUUGGAAUGCUCUUCUAUCAUUUGUGGUUAGUCUGCUGUAUCUCAUUGUACAGAAGGAAGGGUUCUGCAGUAAUAGCACCAGUUUUAAUCUGAAUUGUCACACUGAGCAACCACUUGAGGCUGAGACAAUGGGGAGUUUCCUUAAGCCAACUUCUUUUGAAAAUAAAAAUUAAAUAUUUAUUUUGCUGUU